AGGAAGCCGAUUUCAGCCUCGUCCAGAACUUACUGUCUGCAGCCUCCUCCUUCCUUCUGCCUGUCUGUCUCUGAAGAAAGCAGAGGAGUGUCUGGAAGAGUGAAUUUAGCAGUCAGAGUAGUGAUGAGGAGUGGCUGUUUACUCCCCGGCGUUAAGAUGUGGAUGCUGUGCGCAUCUCUGGUGGUCCUGCACUUUGUGGCCUCUGCUGAUGGGAGCUCGAAAGCUGUGACCACAACGCUGACCACCAAAUGGCCCUCCACACCUCUGCUGCUGGAAGCAAGUGAAUUCCUCGCUGAGGAGAGCCAAGAUAAGUUCUGGGACUUUGUGGAGGCUAACCAGGACAUUACAAACGAGCAUGAUGGCACUGACUUGUCCUACUAUGAGCUGAUCCUGAAGAGAGCAGGCCAGCUCCUGAGUCCUCUGCAGCUGAAGAUGCUCAAAUUCGCCCUAUCGCUGCGCUCCUACUCAUCCACCGUCCACUCUUUCCAGCAGAUUGCAUCCAAUGAGCCUCCUCCGCCAGGCUGCCAGGCUUUCUUCAGUGUUCAUGGGGAAAAAUCGUGUGACCCAAAUAGACUGAAGACCAUGAUCGACACAGCUUCAGAGCGGCCAAAACCGUUCCUGUUCAAAGGCGAUCACAGGUUUCCUUCAGCCAAUACAGCAGCCCCUGUUGUUAUUCUGUAUGCUGAGAUGGGCACCAAAGAGUUUGCUAACUUCCAUCAACAUAUGCUCUCCAGAGCAAACAAAGGGCUGAUUAACUAUGUCCUGCGCCAUUACCUUCCAAGUCCUAGUAACAACAAAGUGUUCCUGUCUGGCUACGGGGUCGAGCUGGCCAUCAAAAAUCAGGAGUACAAAGCCAAAGAUGACACACAAGUUCAAGGUGCUGAUGUCAACGCUACCGUGAUCGGUGAGAACGAUCCAGUGGAUGAAGUCCAAGGUUUCCUAUUUGGGAAGCUCAAAACCAUCUACCCUGAGCUGAAGGAACAGCUGAAGGAGCUGCGCAAGCACCUAGUCGAAAGCACCAAUGAGAUGGCCCCGCUCAAAGUCUGGCAGAUGCAAGAUCUGAGCUUCCAGACAGCAGCCCGUAUCCUGGCAGCUCCCUCUGUAGAUACCCUUAAUGUUAUGAGGGAUUUGAGCCAGAACUUUCCCACCAAGGCCAGGUCCAUAACCAAAACGGUGGUGAACUCCGAGGUCCGUAAGGAGAUUGAAGAGAACCAGAAGUAUUUUAAGGGGUCAUUGGGCCUGCAGCCGGGAGACUCUGCUCUCUUCAUUAACGGACUCCACAUUGACCUGGAUGUGCAGGACAUCUUUAGUGUGUUUGACGUGCUGAGGAACGAGGCACGUGUCAUGGAGGGCUUGCGCAGCCUGCUCAUCGACUCGCCCUUCAUCCACGACAUCCUCAAGCUCAACGUGCAACCAGCCGACUCGGACUACGCCGUAGACAUCCGCAACCCCUCCAUCUACUGGAUAAAUAAUCUGGAGACAGAUGGCAGGUACGUCUCCUGGCCCUCCAACGUGCAGGAACUGUUGCGGCCCACCUUCCCAGGGGUCAUCAGACAGAUCCGCAAGAACUUCCACAACCUGGUACUCGUCUUGGACCCCACUCAUGAGAACACAGCAGAGCUGCUGAGCGUGGCAGAAAUGUUCUACAGCAACAACAUCCCUCUCAGGAUUGGGCUGGUGUUUGUUGUGAAUGAUGCAGAUGACGUUGAUGGCAUGCAGGACGCUGGAGUGGCGAUGCUGCGAGCUUUCAACUACAUCGCCGACGAGGUGGACAACCAGAUGGCCUUUGACGCCAUCCUAUCUAUGCUGAACCGAGUGCCCAGUGGAGGAAAGCUGAAAGUGGAGCAUGUAGUGGGGGUUUUGGAGAAGCGUUAUCCCUACGUGGAGGUCAGCAGUAUCCUGGGAGCGGACUCGGCCUAUGACAGCAACCGCAAGGAAGGGAAGGCGUACUAUGAGCAGACUGGAGUGGGGCCGCUGCCUGUGGUGAUGUAUAACGGCAUGCCUCUGCAGCGCGAGCAGCUCGACCCCGAUGAACUAGAGACCACUGUCAUGCACAAGAUCCUGGAGACCACCAGCUUCUUCCAGCGUGCAGUUUACUUGGGAGAGCUGGCAACCGACCACGACGUGUUGGACUUCAUCAUGAAUCAGCCCAACGUGGUGCCGCGGAUCAACUCCAGGAUCCUGACCACAACCAGGACCUACCUGGACUUGUCCAGCACCAAUAACCAUUUCAUUGAUGAAUACUCCCGCUUUCUCUUCCUGGACACCAAAGAGAAGAACACAGCUGUGGCUAACAGCAUGAACUACAUGACAAAGAAAGAUGAUGGCGUGAUUCGUCCUGUGACGUUCUGGGUUGUAGGAGACUUUGACCACCCCUCGGGCCGACAACUGCUGUACGAUGCCAUCAGACACAUGAAAACCAGUAAUAAUGUGCGCUUGGCGAUGAUCAAUAACCCGACUGAGAGCCCCUCCAGUGCAACCACCCUGAUUGCCCGGGCCAUCUGGGCAGCCAUGCAGACGCAAACAGCCAACAAUGCCAAGAACUUCAUCACGAAGCUGGCCAAGGAGGAGACGGCCCAGGCACUUUACGCUGGGACCAACAUCGCUGACUUUGCUGUUGGGGGCAUGGAUGUACCUUUGUUUAAGAGUGCUUACGAGUCGCCUAAAAUGGACUUCCUUUUGGCUCACGCUGCUUAUUGCCGGGACGUCCUGAAGCUGCGCAAAGGCCAGAGGGCUGUCAUCAGUAAUGGACGGAUCAUUGGUCCAUUGGAGGAUGGGGAGGUCUUUAACCAGGACGAUUUCCUGCUUCUCGAGAGCAUUAUUCUGAAGACCUCUGGAGAAAGAAUCAAAAACAAAGUGCAGCAGCUGGGUGUGGAGGAGGACAGAGCCAGUGAUUUGGUCAUGAAGGUGGACGCGCUGCUGUCCUCGCAGCCCAAAGGCGAGGCUCGGAUUGAGUACGGCUUCAUGGCGGACAGAUACAGUGCCGUGAAGAUCCGUCCGAAGGAGGAGGAGGUGUAUUUUGACGUGGUGGCCGUGGUGGAUCCCGUGACCAGAGAUGCGCAGAAACUGGCUCCUUUACUCUUGGUCCUGAAGCAGCUGGUCAACGUCAACCUGCGAGUCUUCAUGAACUGCCAGUCCAAGCUCUCUGACAUGCCGCUGAAAAGCUUCUACCGGUACGUGCUGGAGCCAGAGGUGUCCUUCAUGGCCGAUAACAGCUUUGCUCCAGGCCCGAUGGCCAAGUUCUUGGACAUGCCACAGUCUCCUCUCUUCACCUUGAACCUGAACACCCCCGAGAGCUGGAUGGUAGAGUCUGUUCACACACGUUACGACCUGGACAACAUCUACCUAGAGGAGGUGGACAGCGUUGUGCCUGCUGAGUACGAGUUGGAGUAUCUCCUGCUGGAGGGUCACUGCUUUGAUGUGAGCACAGGUCAGCCACCUCGCGGCCUGCAGUUCACUCUGGGCACAGCUUCUGAACCCGUUAUAGUGGACACCAUCGUCAUGGCCAACCUGGGCUACUUCCAGCUGAAGGCCAACCCAGGAGCUUGGAUUCUCCGCCUGAGGAAAGGACGAUCAGAUGACAUUUACAAGAUCUACAGUCAUGAUGGUACAGACUCUCCGGCAGAGGCAGAGGACUUGAUAGUUGUGCUGAAUAACUUCAAGAGCAAGAUUAUUAAAGUGAAGGUGCAGAAAAAGCCAGACAUGAUGAACGAGGAGCUGCUCAGUGACGGCACUGAUGAGAACGACUCAGGAUUCUGGCAGUCUCUAACCAGGGGAUUCACUGGGGGUUCCAAAGUGGAGGAGACCAAGCAGGAAAAAGAUGACGUCAUCAACAUUUUCUCAGUGGCCUCUGGUCACCUGUACGAGAGGUUCCUGAGGAUAAUGAUGCUGUCUGUACUGAAACAUACCAAGACGCCGGUCAAGUUCUGGUUUCUGAAGAACUACCUGUCGCCAACCUUUAAGGAAUGGAUCCCGUACAUGGCUAAAGAAUAUGGUUUCCAGUAUGAGUUGGUUCAGUACAAGUGGCCUCGCUGGCUGCAUCAGCAGACCGAGAAGCAGAGGAUUAUCUGGGGUUACAAAAUCCUCUUCUUGGACGUGCUCUUCCCACUGGCCGUCGACAAGAUCAUCUUUGUGGAUGCUGAUCAGAUAGUGCGCACAGACCUGAAGGAGCUGAGGGACUUUGACCUGGAGGGGGCACCGUACGGCUACACUCCAUUCUGCGAAAGCCGGAGGGAGAUGGACGGAUACCGCUUCUGGAAGUCGGGCUACUGGGCGAGUCACCUGGCCGGCCGCAAAUACCACAUCAGUGCUCUGUACGUGGUGGAUCUGAAGAAGUUCAGGAAGAUCGCUGCAGGGGACAGACUGAGAGGACAGUACCAGGGUCUGAGCCAGGACCCCAACAGCUUGUCCAACCUGGAUCAGGAUCUCCCAAACAACAUGAUCCAUCAGGUGCCCAUCAAGUCCCUGCCGCAGGAGUGGCUGUGGUGCGAGACCUGGUGUGAUGAUGCCUCUAAAAAGAGUGCCAAGACUAUUGAUCUGUGCAAUAACCCCCAAACGAAAGAACCCAAGCUGCAGGCUGCUGUGCGGAUCGUGGCAGAAUGGACCAACUAUGACCAGGAGGUCAAGAGGAUCUACAAUAAGUUCCUGGAGAGGGAAAAGGGUGGUCCUUCAGGAAGUAACAAGACACACAAAGAGAAAACACAGAAAGAUGGCCAGAAGCACACAGAGCUGUAGGCGGACACCCUUCAGCAGAAGAACGGCUGACUCUGUUUAAAGAGUCUUUUUUUUUUUUCUUUCUUUUUUUUUUCUUUUUUAAACCAAGCCUAUUCUCCUGGAGCGGGGUCCUCGUCGGCGCUGUGAAACUUGAAUGGAAAUAAUGCAACCUCUAUUGCUUGUAUUUGAAUGAUUGGGGUGUAGGGCAGGGCGACAAGGGUUUUGGGGCAGAGAGGGGUAUAUACAGUACAGACACGUUAAUUAUGUUAAUCAUGGCAUAGUCACUGCUGGGCUGUUCAUGCCUAAAACUGAAUAUGCCUUUCUUCUUUAUGAGUCCCUCCAAACCGUGUCCAAGUGUGCAUAUGCGUGUGUGCGAGGAGAGAAAAGGCCAGUGAAAAUGAGCGUGAUUGUGUGAAUGUGCAUCCCCAAAUCAUCCAACAGAGCAGUGCUGCUUAUCCUCAGUGAUUGCAUUUUAAAAGCAGCACUAUGAUUAUUGCUUUAAUGCCGUUUUGUUAAAGGAAUGCUUUGGCAAAAAAAAAAAAAAAUCAGAUGUACACAAUUUUCCACUUAUUGCAAAUGCAGACGAUCAUUCAGGAAAUGUUUGGUGGCCAAAUUUUGCUUCUUUCAUUCAGAGAUAAAGAUGCAAGGCUAACAAACACUAGAAGUCAAUAGUCACCCAAAUCUUUCAUCCUGAAAAUUCAAACCACAUCAAGAAGCCUGUGCAACCUUAAAAAAGGCCUGUAUGCGCUUUGAGUGUUUUAGGAAUGAAAUUUCAAAGUAGGUUUGGGUGAACAUUGACCAAUAAACCAUUGUAGCUAAAGCUUGUAGCUCCAAUUUAAAACGAACGUUUGGCUGUUUGACUUCUGAAGUGCGCGUAACAUUGUGUACAUUAGAUGUUUUGCCAAAGCCUUUGUUUAAAAGUGAGAUUGUCGCAUGCUGUCGGUGAGAAAGUCGCAAAGAAAUCACGUUGAAACUCAGUCCUGCUUGAGUGGCGAUCGCCUGUGUGUGUUUUGUUUCUUAUCUCCAACAUGAACGUGUAAUUUAUUGGAUUUCUGUGCUCAUAGAAAAGUUCUUGGGCUGCUUUCAUAGGCUGAAUUUGUUCAUGGAGUUUUCUGUACCCAAAGAUGAACUUUCUCUACUUUUGGUCCCUUAAUUUACCAAAAAGAGUCUCUGCCAUUAGGAACAUUCAAAUGAAAGUGAAUAAAAGAUGUACCGCAGUUUAUUUCCUCUCACUAUUUUUGGUCUAAUUGGUUGUCUUAUCGAGCUUAGUGCAGCGUUGUUGUGGCCCUACGUUUGAGAAUAGUUUCAGUUGUGACCGCAUGGCUCUGACCACUAGAACGCUUGAGCUCUAAACAAGCCGCUGGUUCCCAACAGGAAGCACAAACGUGGCGGAACCGAACUUUUCCAGCGGUUGCGUUUCGUGCCUUUCGCUCGGCCACGUCUCCGAGGCACGCCUGAGGCCGCCUCGUCUUCUCUGCAUCUACUGUACUGUUUUACGCCCAAUCAGGGAAGGGCGAGGACAGAUUCAGUCAAUUUGAUAAUUUUGUUUUGGGGUUGAUGUGAUUAAUUGUGGGGUAAUGGCUAUUUUUUAAUAAAAGUAAAGUACCAAAUCCA